AUGACACAAGAACACCUUGCUGCUGCCGCGGCCGGCGGACUUGCUGCCUUGCUCCUUUGGAAGCGUUGCUGCUGGAAGCGGGAGUCGGAGCGUGUGAAUGUGGUUCAUGUGCCCGCCAGUGGGGACGUGAAGGAGAAGAAGACCGUGAUCGUGAUGAUCCCUGGAAUGUGGCAUGGAGCCUGGUAUUUCAAGACGCUGCAAACGCUGCUCUCCAAGCGCGGCUUCAGCUCCUAUGCCCUGGACCUGCCCAGCGCGCGCGGCUGCUUCGCCGCGGAGCUGCUGCGCCGGGCGGUCUCGGCGCUGACGGAGCUGCGGCAGCUGGGGCAGCUGCAGCAGGUGGUCUUGCUGGGACACAGUCAAGGUGGCAUUUUGCUGCAAACGUUGCUCCGUGGCACAGCGCUGGAGGACGCCUCGUUGCAUGUGCAGGGUGCCGUGCUGAGUGCCACCGUGCCCAUCAGUUCGUUGGGCGCUGGGAUGGCAAUGAUGAGCCACAAGACCAAUGUGUUCAAAGAAUAUGGUUUGGUGGCCUUUGUGUACUACCUCUUCACCGGCCGCGUGUGGGAUGCCUCCCUUGUGCAGCGCCUGUUCCUGCUGCCGACCACCGAGGCCGUGGAAGGAUUUGACGGCGGCAAAGCCAAAUAUGUGGAAAAGAUCCUUGCAGCGCCCUGCGACGGCUGGCCCACCACGGAGCAUCCCUUCUGGCUCCGCCCGAGCUUCGCGCAUCGCGCGUCUCUGCCGGUGCUGGUCUUGGGCGCGGAGGAGGAUGUGAUCUAUCCACCCAGGUUGCUGAACCCUAUCUUCCACCGCUACUUCCCCUGCGCCACCGAGCGCAUCGUGCCGAAUCAAGCGCAUUGCUUCAUCGAUCCUGGAUGGCAGGAGACCAUGGUGGAACCAUUGAUCCAAUGGCUGGAUUCGAUUCAGUGA